UGAGUAUAAAAGCUAACAUCUGGUCAUCAUAGCAUCCUUCAUAUCAAUCCGUGCAGACUAAUCAAAUCUUUAACUUACAAACGCAAAGCAUACCUAUCAUAAUGUUGUCCAAGAUCGCGCUUCUCUUCUCAGCUCUUAGCUUGGCCGCUGCACAACAGAACUAUCCCGUGCAGUCUGCACCUUUCAACCUUGUGCUCUCCAGCAGCACCAACAGCAGCCUCAACGGUAUCAAACUAGCCGCUUGCCAUACUGGCGCAUCAGUCGAAUCCCUGUGCCUGUUUGACGGUGGCAGAGAUUCAACGUACACGUUCUACUUCAACACCACCACAGACACUCCCGACCCAACCACCCUACAGACGGGCUUAGUCACUUGGACGCUUGAGCCGAGCACCAUCAACUUCAACGAGGCCCUCAGCUUCCAGUAUAACACAGCCUCGAAUCUCGCAUUCCCUCUGAUCUGGCCCAGCCUAGAUACAGUGCAGGAGUUUGCUUUCACCGAUGAGGAGCACCUAGCGGUACCCGCAUAUGUCAACGAUGCCAUUGAGCCGCCUACAACUUACCGGGGAGGUGUCACCUUCUGGGACAAUAGAUGGCAGAUCUGUCAGACGUACUGGCAGGCGUACGCCUACACUGCUCUUCAGUGGACGCUGGGCGGUGGGGCGCCGCAGAACCCAAGCUGUGACGCUGUUACUGUGAGCCGAGUGUUCAUCUAACUGUUGUGGUGUGCACAUUCUGUUCAUUGGCAUGGUAAAAGCUCAUGGAGGAAGUUCGUGAUAGAACAGUGGAAGUUUAGGUGAUUUGAAGGAACCCUCAAUGAGCGGAAGAGUCAAAGAAUACCAUUAAUGUGAAUGUGCACGAGGAAGUGGCUGGAGCAACUCUACCUAGCUCGAGCAAUGCUUUAAUAUUAAUAUGUCACAUCACUAUCAAGUAUGAUUUGCUACAUGCCGUAUCAAACGAUCAGCGAGGUUGUUCUUCAAGCGCCGAAAGUGGAGAUAGAGACUAUGUUACUUGAAAUUUAUUUGUCAUGCC